AGAAAGGUGUGUAAUGUUAUUAAAAUUUAUAAAUUUAUAAUGCAUCAUUUUCAAAAUUAAAAGAGUUAAAAUUUGAAAAGUGAAAAGGAUGAAUCUAUGUAUUCACCGUGUAUAUAUAUUAUCUUUUACAUAUUUCCAUAUAAUGGCAUAUCAAUCAAUUAAUAACAAUGAGUAGUGGGUUUAUUAUUAGUCAACAUUAGGAGAUUAAAGUUUAUUAUUAGAUUCAUUGUACAUGUGAUCCAUCCAUAUGCAAUCGAAUAUUUCUAAAAGCAUAAAAAUAUUUCUUGUCUGCUUUGGUCAACAAAGUUACACACAUACGGGUACAUAUAUAUACACACACACACGUUGUGAUAUAUUUUGGGCAUACACGAAUUGCUUUUCAAACAUCAACUCAUAAUGGGUGUUGUCACUUUUGAAGGGCAGAUUGAGCUCCCAAUCGCAGCAACCAAGAUAUUCAAGAUGAUUUCUGAACCUGAAAUCUAUAUUCCCAAAGUCCUGCCUGGGUUUGUUAAGAGUUUUGAAAAUCUUCAAGGAGAUGGAGGACCUGGUACUGUCAGACAAUUUACCUUUCCUGAAGGUAGUCAAUACAGUCAUGUGAAGGAAACCGUUGAUGUUGUAGAUAAAGAGAAUUUCAUAUUUCAGUAUACUGUAAUUGGAGGGGAUCCUGCUCUCAUAGAUACUAGUAUAGUAGAAAAAUUGUGUUGCCAGGUUAAGUUUGAAAUUUCUCCCGACGGAAGAACUAUUUGCAAGCGCAAUUCCAAGGCCUAUACCAUUGAUGGUGUUGAGGUCAAAGAAGAAGAAAUAAGGGCUACUCUGGAAAAUGCUACGCAAGUCUUUUUUCAGGUAUUGAAGCUUGAAGAAGCCUAUGCCUUGGCGAAUCCUGAUAUUUGAGUUAAGUGAUAUGUAUUUUAGUUUUCAUAAGCCAUGUGAGCAACUAUAAAAAAUUUCAGGUUUUAUUGUCAAAUUUCUGUUUGUCUCCCUGUAAUUUAAAGUCAUGGCUUUGCUCAUGUUUAUGCAAAGUCUCAAUCCUUUGCUUGUUUUUAGGCAAAGUAAAUAAAAUUAUUUAUUUAUAUA